UAUGACUGGAAUACACAUGCAGGAGAAUGGAGACAUGGAGCUUGUGGGGAUGGGACUUCGCGCUGAUGUGUCUCCUGCACAAACAGCUUUUUACAUCAUCCUGGUGAUAAUGGGCAUUAUGGGUAAUGCCACAGUGGUUGCAGUGAUUGGCAAGAGUGUAAUAAUGGACCGUGGAGGUGGACGUAACUCGGACAUCAUCAUCAUAAACAUGGCAUUGUCUAACCUGCUGGUUUCUGUGAUGAGGAACACACUGCUAGUCAUCUCAGACAUGGGAAUCAAGCUGUACUCAUCCAAAGAAUGGUGUCAGUUCCUUAUGGGUGUCUGGGUAUGGCUGCGAUCCGUCAAUGUGUGGUCAACACUCUUUCUCAGUGCUUUCCAUCUCCAGACAUUAAAGCGUGUUGCUCCCUCUAAUGGGACCCUCCAUGUGUCCCGGGGCCCUCCUAAGAUCAUACUACUGAGUUUGGGCCUCAUCUGGCUUCUCAACCUGUUUUACUCUAUUCCUGCUUGUAUCUUUUCCACUAAUGGCAACGAGAACAGCACAGAGACCCUGAUGUUGGUAAGUAGCACAACACGCCCCCUGCUGGGCUGCGUGUGGAACUUUCCCUCCACCAACAGUGGCCUGCUCUAUGCCACCACAUCUAUGAUUAUCCAUGAAACAAUUCCCAUUAUCCUAAUGACCUUCACCAACCUUGGCUCCCUUUACACACUCCAUAGUCAUGGGAGGAUGAGGAGUUCAGUGGAAGGUGUCUUUGUCAUUAAGCGAGUGCCAGCUGAGAGACGAGCAGCCAAGGUGAUUCUUGCUCUCAUCAUGCUUUUUAUUUUAUCCUGGGGAACCAGCAUUAUCUCUGUCAACUAUUUCAACUACAACCGUGGCUCCUCAGCUGAGUUUCUUCUGGUCGUUGCUCGAUUUGCCAACAUUAUUUUCAUUGCCAUGUCCCCUAUUGUUCUGGCAGUCGGCCAUCGUCGUCUACGUUCUUUCAUCAAGUCUGCACUCGCCCUCUGACCGAGUCCCUCGGUGACAGUACACUCUAUUGAAACUCUGAAGGUGCAGCUCUCACAGACCUUCCAG